CCCUCCUUUCAGUGUGACACAUGAAGAACAGAAAGGAAAACACAGACACACAGUUGACAGCUCACACACAAACGCCCAAGGAUGACCCUCUCUUGCAUGAGCUGUUAUGUGUUCGUGUGGAUGGCAGUGGUCGUUCUGCCCUCCUUCCAAGCUACUUCGAAUGUUUUCUACCCCAAAAUCAAUGAGACGCAAAGUCUGAACUGUAAUUGUCCGGACCAUACCUGCCAGGAGGUGUUUUGGUACCGGUACCUUGAGAGUAAGAACUCUCUUCAGUUUCUGAUGUAUGUCAACAGCGCCGGCAGAGAGCAACAUGGAGAGAACAUCGAAAUCUCUAAGUUCAAGGGUACUGUGUCCACUACUCAGAAGGCGGUCUUCACCCUGCGCAUCAUGGAGCUAAAAAAAGAUGACGUCGGCUUCUAUUCCUGCAUGUUUAAAACUAAGAAUGUAGUUCCUGCUGGAUAUUACAUUAUGCCUGGAGUGAAUCCUCCAACAGUUCAACCACCAACCGCCAAGAUGGACCGGAAACCCGUAAAUCCCAAACCCUGCAAACCAUCUCAGUACUCACCUAAAGGCUGUGAACAUGUGGUGCUUUGGCCGGGAAUUGGUGCUCUUUUGCUUUUGGCCAUUACACUUGCAGGCAUACUUUACUACUUCAGUCGUCUACCUAAGAAAUGCAGACAUCGAUUCACCAAGACAAAUCCGUUGCGAUGAGGUGGAGAACAGACUCGUCA